UACACCUUCUCUUCUUUGUUUCUCUCUCUGAAACGCUUUCUUUGGUUGGUAAAUUUGUUGUUAGAAAAAAUAAAAAAAAAGGGGGGAAAAAUUGGAAGGGGAAGAAACGGUGUUGAGCAUCGAAAACCCCUUCUCUUGCAUCAACGAAAUUCAGCUCAAUCAGGACAAGAACUUGAUAUUUUACGACGCAUAGUGCAAAGUGCUGCAAGAUUUUGUGGCACUUGCCACAGUAUAUUAAAGCAGAUUAAUGUUUGGGAAGAUCUUUGUAUUAUUGUCUUCUGGUAUGGUAAUUUAGAUGGAUAUCACCGACACGCAACGGAAUAGUAACACUGAAAGUGAUCUAUGUCCAUUGCUGAUGGAGCAGCUGGUAUCCCGCAAUGAUCAUCAGCACAUAAUUGAUAUUGCAAGGAACAAUGAUGGGUUAUCCAACUCAUCUAAUAAUCAACGCCCUGCAGUGCAUGAAAAUCAACCUAGUGUCAGCACGGAUGUCCAUACCCGUGAAACAGCUUCAUUUGCUUCACCUAGAUUUAGUCCUAGAAGUUCCACAUUGACAAGAGGAGAGGGGUACAAUCAUCGCAGAAGGAGCCCACUAAAUUCUGGUCUAUGGGUCUCUGUUGAGCUUUUUGUCACUGUGGGUCAGAUCAUAGCAUCUGUUGUUGUCUUGUCAAUGUCAAGUGAUGAACAUCCCCAAGCCCCAUUGUUCGCAUGGAUUGUGGGUUAUGCAGCUGGUUGUGUUGCUACUCUUCCUAUUCUUUACUGGCGAUAUCAAAACUAUAAUCAAAUUGCGGAACCAGAUAUAUCUCAAUCAUCUCAAGGAUCUUCUUUAAGUAACCCUUCAGAAACUACUUAUACUGCCAUAUCUGUUACCCAUAAUUCGAACAGCGACAAUAGUCACACUACAGAAUUGUCUGCAGGAAGUGCUAGAAUUCCUGGAGUGUUUAGUUCUAGGUUUAAUGGAUUAGUAGACCAUUUCAAGAUGGCCUUGGAUUGCUUCUUUGCAGUUUGGUUUGUCGUAGGCAAUGUGUGGAUCUUUGGAGGUCACACUUCUCCUUCCGAUGCUCCAAAAUUGUAUAGGUAAUGUUAACCCAAACAGUUUAUUUUCACUUUAUUUUUCACUUUCUCAGGUAUUCCUGAGGAUUUUUCACCAAACAGAGGAGCCUCAAUAGAAUCCAUUAACGCUCUGCCAAUCUACAAGUUCAAAUUGAAAAAAAAUGAAAAUAGUGGUGUUGAGGAUGUCAAUACCACUGCUGAAGAUGACGGUGGAAUUUUAGCUGCUGGGACUGAAAAGGAACGGCCUAUAUCAGGAGAAGAUUCUGCUUGCUGCAUUUGCUUGGCAAAAUAUGUAGACAACGACGAACUUCGGGAGCUACCAUGCUUUCAUAUCUUUCAUGUAGGAUGUAUUGAUAAAUGGUUAAAGAUAAAUGCAUCCUGUCCUCUUUGUAAAUAUGAAGUUGGUACAAACAAUGAAGGGGCACAUUCGGCCAUGGGUUCCAAUCAGCAUUAGAUGAGAAAACAAAAAGGGAGACGAUUCUGUUGUUCGGUGGUAUUCAAUGUGCUAGUAAUUGCUUACAUGAAGUCACGUUACCAAAGAAGUUGCAUUUUCCCUGAUAUUGGUCAUAUUUGGGUUCUUGCCUUGAAGUGUUUCUGUUUUUUGUUGCUAGAGAGAUGAAGAUAGAUGCAACAUUAGCACCUUUCCCCAAUUUUCCAUAUCAAGUGUUGUUCUAGAAUAUAGGCUACACUAAUCUUGUAUUGUAUGUAUGUACAUUGUAACCAAAUAUAAUCAAAAUGUUGAUUUUGAUUUA